UUAGAUAAUUUUAAAAAAACAUCACCCCAAAUUUAGCUUAAUCAUCUACAUUUAAGCAUAUUCGAACAUGGUUAAGUAGUAAAAAUCCGUCUGAUUAAGCACGUGCCACGUGCGACAUGGUCAACCAUUGGAACCUUGUCCUUGAUAGCUGAAGGACGAAGAAAAGAAGAAAUGUCCGCCAUUAAUAAGCUGCUUCCAUUUUCUCCCUCCUCUUUCUUCUUUAGCUAUCUGGAAAAGACUAUCCAGCUCUUCAUAUCCAACUUCAUCAAUUUCAGGUUUAUCAGACAUGGGUUGCAUACACUUGGGGUAAGUUUUUUUCCUUCAGUUUGCCACAAUCUCGGAGAACAAGUGCUGUCCGUGAUGCACUUACUAAUAACUGUUGAUCGGCUGACUGAAUAGCUGCUUCCAGGAAUGGGAAAGUGACCAGGUUGUUAAUGAAGAUGAGAGAGAUAAACAAAGGCACAAUAUAGGGGAAGGAAAAUAUGGUACCAGCAUCACCCUUUAGCUUUGAUCUGAGUUAAUAAUGCCCCUUCGACCUCUGCGCCUUCCUAGGCGAUCCCCACCUAAGUUUGUCUUCAUAAUACUCAUCCUUCUUUUGCCUACUGUUCUAGUUGGAAUUUUCACCCAUCACCAGAAAAUCACCUAUUUUUUCCGGCCUAUAUGGGACAAACCCCCUCCACCAUUUUCCCGUCUACCUCACUUCUAUGCAGAAAAUGUAUCUAUGGAUCAUUUAUGUCGCCUUCAUGGAUGGUCAGUCCGCUCUGAACCCCGGCGUGUAUUUGAUGCUAUCAUUUUCAGCAAUGAGCUAGACUUAGUUGAGAUAAGGUGGCAUGAACUCAAACCCUAUGUAACCAAAUUUGUAAUCUUAGAAUCCAACACUACCUUCACCGGCAUCCCUAAGCCUCUUUACUUUGCUUCAAAUCGUGCUCGUUUUGCCUUUGCCGAGAAUCAGGUAGUCUAUAGUUUCUUGCCAGGGCGUGUUAAAAGCCCUGGGUCCCACGAAGACCCCUUCGAGCUUGAGAGGGAGCAUAGAGUAGCAAUGAAUUACUUACUACAACAGGCAGGUAUUUUGUAUGGUGACAUCCUUAUAAUGUCAGAUGCAGAUGAAAUUCCAAGCCCACACACCAUAAAACUACUUCAAUGGUGCAAUGAGAUCCCACCUAUAUUACACCUUCAGCUAAAGCACUACAUGUACUCAUUCGAGUUCCCAGUGGACUACAGUAGUUGGCGGGCAGCAGCCCAUAUCUACAGGCCAUCAACACAGUACAGGCAUUCGCGGGUGUCAAACCUUAUUCUUUCAGAUGCUGGUUGGCAUUGCAGCUUCUGCUUUAAGUACCUCCAGGAUUUUGUGUUUAAGAUGACAGCUUAUAGCCAUGCUGAUCGUGUUAGGAGGAGAGAGUUUUUAGAUCACAGAAGAAUUCAGAGACUCAUUUGUGAAGGGAAUGACCUCUUUGACAUGCUUCCUGAAGAAUAUAGCUUCAAGGAGCUGUUUAAGAAGAUGGGACCUAUUCCUCGUUCUGCUUCAGCAGUUCACCUUCCUGCAUUUCUGAUUGAAAACUCUGAUAAAUACAGGUUUCUGCUUCCUGGUGGUUGCGUCAGAGAUCCCACGUAAAUUUUCAUACUUUUGUAGUUGCCUUGAAAUGUCGAGUGUACAAGUGUUUUUGAAGUAGUGUUAGCAUUAGAGUAGCUGCAAACACAGUAUAGCAACACGAGAGACCGUCGUGCACUAAUCCGAACAGCAAGGAGAUGCUAGCUGGUGUAUGAAUGUGAUCAUUAGCCGAGGCCUUCAGUUUAUUAAUGAACAUUACCAGGUGGAAUGAUACUUUUAGCUGCUGUUUUGUUUUGA